AUGUCUUCAUCAACCUCACCAACAAGCGAAGCAUUCAAUCAAUAUAUAAUUGACGACGAUGAGGAUGUAGUAUUGCUCGAAGAUGAUGAUGAUGAUGAUGAUAUUUCAAAUGAUCAGAGUGCAGCUGGCGAUGCCAAACGCGCAAGUCAGAAAUUGACCAUCACUGAUAUCAACACAAUGCGUGAGCUGCUCAACAAGGAGAAGCCGCCCCAGAAACAGGAGUAUUCGUACAAGGAUGACAAGAGUCUGCCGUGGUUCGAGGAGCGUCUGGUCGUCGUCUCUCUGCUGCAGGCGCGCAAUGCACUCAAGAAGCUGAUGGACGCCAAGAUGAACGAGGAGCGUCUUCUCUCGGGCAACCUGUGCGUCUCUGAGAUCCAGUCGCUGCUCAACAAGCAGAAGGAGGACAUUGAGACUGACUGGAUUGCCGAGAUCCAGGAACUUAAGCGAAACAUGGUGGCUGAGAUUCGUCGCAACCAUCUCUUGGAGCGAGACCUAAGCAAGCUUGACAAGCGUAUUGCCCUCUUGAUCAAGCAUCGAUCUAGUAUUAAGGACCUUUUGGGACUGGACGAGAAGAAGAAGAAGAAGAAGAAGGAUGAAGGACAUGCAGCAAUCAAUUUGGAUACCAAACAGAUAGAGUCUUAUCAGAACUUGUUCUAUCUAUUGCAGACUGAACCACAUUACUUGGCCAAGUUGGUGACAAAGGUGCAGGCUGAUCAGAUGGACACCUUCCUUGACACAGUUCUGCUCACACUGUUUGGCGACGCCUUCUCACCCCGUGAGGAGUUCCUCAUCCUCAGUCUCUUCCGUCUGGCCAUCAGCCAGGAGAUGUCCUGCAUCAAGUCCGCGGUUGACCUGAUUUCCAGUGACUCUGUCGUGCCCAAGAUGAUCAUCACUUACACGCGCAGGAAGCAGGGUCACGAGUUCCUCAAGCAGAUCAUCGCGCCCAUUCUCGAGAAUCACGUGAUCAACGCACCCGACCUCAACCUGGAGCUCAACGCCGUGCAGAUCUACCAGAACAUGAUCAGCGAGCAGGAGAUCCAGACGGGCGCCAAGAGCACAAUGAACCGUGGUCUGGCCGAGGACCAGAUCCUGCAGAUCAAGGAGGUGCAGGACAUCCUGGCGCCGCGCGUCGAAAAGUGCUCGCAGAUAUGCGACCUCUUCUUCAAUGGCAUCAUCGAGUCACUUAACCGUCUGCCCUACGGCAUCCGAUGGAUCUGCAAGCAGAUCUACUCCAUCGCAAAACAGAACUUUAGCUCAUCUGGCGAUGACAUUGGCAAGGUCAUUGGAUACCUUGUCUACUACCGUUUCAUGAACUUGGCCAUUGUCACACCCGACUCUUUCGAGAUCAUCAAGAAGGAAUUGUCAAUGAACUCCAGGAAGAAUCUUGUUACAAUUGCCAAGGUAUUGCAGAACUUAUUCUCAUUGAAGACAUUCCAGAAUCAAGGAGGUGAGCGAUGGAUGCAGCCACUGAACACUUGGAUCAUGUCAAAGAUGAACUUUGUUAGACAGUACUUUGAUGAUUUGAUUCAGGUGACAGACCCUUCGGAAUACCUGCGCGUCGAUAAGUACAACGAGCUGACGCUCAAGCUGAAUCCAGUGAUCAUCGUCUCUUUGUCCGAGAUAUCACAGACACACAAGCUGUUGCUGCUCAACCUCAAGUCGCUGAAGCUCAAGGAGAAGGAGGACCCGCUCGAGCUGAUACUCAAGGCACUGCCCGAACCCCCCGCCGUCAACGAGGACAACGACAGGGAGAUCCAGCUCACACUGACCAACCGCUUCAAGGAGCACAUGGAGCGUGAAAUCUCCACCUCGGCCACGCUGCUCGAGGAGACCAAGGAGCUGCUGUUGUACAUAUUCAGGAUGAUCCCGCCACAGGACCAGAGGUCCCAUCAGGACGACAUUGUCGCCAUCCUCAAGACGGCCGUGCAGCACGGUCAGUCGAGCGGAAACGCGCAGCUGACUGCCAACGCCGAGAAGGUGCUGGACAACCUAAAGAAGAUGGAGGCCGAUGGAACUGUCAACUCUAGCAACGAGUCGUUCAUUAGAAUGAUAUCAAUGGAGGUCAUCAACAGACAAGAGAUACGCGAGCAUCAGAGAAAGGAGAGAAUGCGUCUGACAAUCGCUCUACGUGAUCUAAGGAAGCACCAAAGCUAUCUCAACGAGCAGAUCCAACAUUACACAUCCUAUCUCAAGGAUGUAUUGCUACACUAUUCAUCCAAAGACAAGAAGAAGACAAAGCCAGUCAAGCUAUCAUAUAAGGAGUUGGUAAAGAAGGGCAUCAUUGUUGAGUCGGACAUUCCAAAGAUAUCACAUGGUUCAACGAACUUCUAUAUCUCCACAGACACGCCAGGCAUAUUUGACAUUGAAGCCAAGAUUGGUUUGGCCACAGCUGGUUCAAUCCAACUGGAGCUGGACGAUCUGCUCGAGAAGGCAUCAGUCGGCAUCCCUGUAUUGAAGCUGGACAGCAUGGUGUUGGAUGUCAACAUGACAUUGCAUCUUCUUAACAGGCACUUCUUGAAGAACAUCAAGUAA